AUGGAACACUACACUAUUAUGACACCUCAGACUUUGCAGAGUGGGCUCACAUGUCCUGAACAUGCCACCAUUUGUAACGGGACCUCCUGUGUAUUGCCCCCUGACAAUUUCAAUGCAAUUCUAAACUCCGUUCUAAGUACUGUCGUCACAAUCAUGCUGGCGCUGGUCAUGUUUUCCAUGGGCUGCACUGUGGAGAUAAAGAAAUUUUGGGGCCACAUAAAACAUCCCUGGGGCAUAGCAGUAGGAUUCCUGUGUCAGUUUGGAAUAAUGCCCCUCACUGCUUUUACAUUGUCUGUGGCAUUUAACAUUCAUCCAGUUCAAGCUGUUGCAGUUAUUAUUAUGGGCUGUUGUCCUGGUGGAACUGGUUCCAACAUCCUGGCAUACUGGGUAGAUGGAGACAUGGACCUAAGUAUAAGCAUGACAACUUGUUCCACACUCCUUGCAUUGGGCAUGAUGCCACUCUGCCUCUUCCUCUACACUAAAAGAUGGGUUGAUUCCAGUUCCAUUGUUAUCCCUUAUGAUAGUAUUGGUAUAGCCUUAGUGUCUCUCGUUGUUCCAGUUGGAUUUGGAAUUUUUGUCAAUUACAAAUGGCCACGGCAAGCAAAGAAAAUCCUUAAGAUAGGAUCCAUUACAGGAGGUGUCCUUAUUGUACUUAUAGCUGUCAUAGGUGGAGUUCUGUACAAAGGAUCCUGGGAUAUUGGACCUGAGUUGUGGAUUUUAGGAGCAGUAUUUCCAGCUAUUGGUUUCAUUUUUGGAUUCUUCUUGGCUUAUCUAUCUAACCAGUCAUGGAGCAGAUGUCGAGCAGUCUCAUUGGAAACUGGAAUGCAAAAUACUCAACUUUGUUCCACAAUUAUCCAGCUUUCCUUCAGCCAAAGUGACCUUGCCUUGAUGUUCAGUUUCCCACUUAUCUACAGCAUUUUCCAGAUCCUAUUUGCAGUUAUACUACUAGCAGCAGUGAAAGGUAUUGAAGUAUUGUACAUGUUUUACUGA